CCGUCGUCACUUAAAUGUUCAUGCUCUUUCUCUGAUAUGACUAAAGUUUGAAUGUCUGCAGGUGACAAAUUAAUGAUACGUGAACUCUCACUUUUGACCUAUUUGUACAUAGCAGAAAAUAUGCAAAUUGGUCCCACUUUAUCUGGAAAAUAAAAUUAUGGGGCACAAGAACAAGAAACUGCUAUAAACAAGACUUUAAAAAUCAUGGCGGAUCUGCAAAAACUAUUGUUGUUAUUUUUAUUAAAAUUUGCUGGACUUGAAGCUGCUCGUAUAUUAGCAUUUUUUCCUACGCCUUCUAUCAGCCAUCAAAUAGUGUUCAGACCAAUUACUAAGGAACUUGCCAAACGGGGGCAUGAAAUCAUUGUGGUCACACCCGACCCAGCGUACUCAAAAUAUGACACACCUCAAAAUUUAACCGAAAUUGACACACACGAUAUAUCCUACAAAGAAUGGGAAAAAUUGUUAAUAUUCCAUCGAGGAGGAAAGGAUGAUUUCAUUUUUCAUAUAAAAAUGCUACUUAAAACGUUUGCUAAUGUUUUGGAUAAACAAAUGGAACUCCCGGAAUUAAAAGAAAUAAUUGAUAAAGACAGGAAGUACUUCGACUUAAUAUUACUUGAAGCUUGCAAUCGCCCCCUUUUAGGAAUAGUGCAUAAAUUUGAUGCUCCUGUCAUUCAAUUAAGUUCAUUAGGUACAAUUGCUAUACAAUAUCAUAAUAUGGGCGCUCCAGUACAUCCCAUUUUGUAUCCUACGCCAGGUAGACAAAGGUUAUACAACUUAACAUUAGUAGAAAGAAGUAUAGUUAUUAUUACACACUUGUUGUUGGACUUUUUAAUUUCCGAUACGGAAGAAUAUGACUAUGCGGUAAUGAGAAAGCAUUUUGGUAAAGAUGUGCCUACAUUUGAGCAACUAAGGAAAUCAAUAAAAAUGAUGUUUUUAAAUGAACAUCCAUUUUGGGCUGAUAACCAUCCUGUUCCUCCAAAUAUUAUUUACAUGGGAGGCAUAUAUCUUCCCGAAGUUAAGGAAUUACCUAAAGAUAUUAAACAAUAUUUAGACUCCUCAAAACAUGGUGUAAUAUAUGUCAGUUUUGGGACUAAUGUUUUACCUUCACUAUUGCCACCUGAAAAAAUUCAAGUUAUGACUAAAGUUUUGUCUCAAUUACCGUAUGAUGUUUUAUGGAAAUGGGACAGUGACGAACUCCCAGCACAAUCAAACAAUAUCCAAUUUUCUAAAUGGUUUCCACAGGCCGAUUUACUAAAACAUCCUAACGUAAAGUUAUUUAUUACUCAGGGUGGAUUACAAUCCACUGAUGAGGCCAUAGACGCUGCUGUGCCUGUUAUCGGUAUUCCUAUGUUGGGCGACCAGUGGUAUAAUGUAGAAAAAUAUACAUACCACAAAAUAGGAAUGCAAUUAGACAUUACUACUUUAACAGAAAAUGAAUUAAAAAAUGCUAUCAAUACUUUGAUAAAUGAUAAAAGCUACAAAACCAACAUGUUAAAGCUCAGGGCAGUAAUGAGAGAAUAUCCAAUUAAUCCUUUAAAUCUAACCGUGUGGUGGAUAGAACAUGUUAUUAAGUAUGGAGGAGAUCAUUUAACAGCGCCAGCUGCUAAUAUGUCUUGGGUUGAAUACUAUGAAGUUAAACUGGUUUUAGUUAUUUUUAGUAUAUUAGUAACAGUUUUAGUUGUCCUUGUGUUCAUAAUACUAUUAGUUUUGUACUAUGUUUUUAACAAAUGUAGAAUGAUUAUUAAAGUUAAGAGUAACUAACUUUUGUAUGAAAAUAUAUUUUUAUGUUAUACUGUUACAGAAGAAGUAGGCACCUCUGAUAUUGUUAUUUACUAUUUCAUUCUUUCAUGUUGAAUUUUAUUCGUUUUAGAUACAACAAAUUAAUGUAUUGUUUAUGAUACUUAAAUAUUGGAUUUAUAUUGUUUGAACAACGUAUACUUUAGAAAUUUUAAAACUAGCAUAUAUAUAGCAGAAACAUAUUAAAAAUACAUACAGAUAUAAUACGAAAUAGAGACUAGAGAUAUUAUAUUAUAUAUGUAUUUUAGAUACUACUUUGUAACUAUUACAUAACAUGUUUAAAAUUUGAUAAAUAAUUGGCCUUGAGACAGAUAGAUUAAAUCCGGACAUUUACGUCGACUUUUGUUUUAAAAAAAAAUUAAAACGGUAACCAAUAAAGAAAUUUUAUUUAUCUAUUUUCAUUAUUUUAAUGACAACAAAUAACUCUUUUAUAUUUUCCACAACUUAGGUACUGUAAAUAAAAAUGAAAAAAAAAGCAAUACGAAGCGACUUUGUACAAUCAUGUUGUAUUUGACAACAACAAUGUCUUUGAUAACUAUCCAGUUGUUAGGUGAUUUUCGAUAUUGUUCGUGACUUUAGAAUUUUACAUAUAAUGAAAACUAUCUCUUAAUAAACUAAACAAUAUAAGAGAUCUAUUGAUAGCCUUGACGGAGAUAAUAGUUAGUACAGAAUAAAGUCAGUAUUUUUUCAAGGCGUCUUCUCUCUUCACUGAAUGUGAAGUGACCUUUAAGGGUCGGUCAAAAAAAGGGUUUAAGAACUAUUUUCAAUGUUUUCGUUUGAAAAUGCGGACAAAAAAUUUACAAAUAAUUUGAAUCUAAGAAAGUUAUAUGAAAACUUAAAAAUUUUGAUGGUGGUUUUAUAGUAUCACUUAUUAAUAGAAUCAUAUUUCACUUGACUUUCUUUCGUUUGUAUGUACGCUCUAUAUAGUGUAGUUUUGUAAAAUUAAGCCAAAAUUUUAUAUUUUAGUAUAAAACAAUACCUUUAGAAUAACAAGUGAUAUCAUAUCUUCCGCGUAAAUCAGUUACGCACGAUAUACGAUAUAAUUUAUUUCUUAAUCAGUUGUAUGACUAUCAUGACAGACUUUGAUAUUAAUUUAUUAAUAUCUUUACGCAAUAAGUGUGCAGUUUAACUUGGUUUUUAACUAAACAAAUAAAUUAUUUCAAGUACUUUUCCAUACAAGCAACAGUCUGUGCGGUAUAAUAAUAGUUUUAAUCGAUCACUACAAUAAAUAUUGUUUGAAUUCUAUACGAUACCAUACAAUACUUGACAAUUUAGAAAAAGAA